AUGUCACAUGGAGUAUGCAAUCCUUACGGACAGACACUUUAUUACAGAAAUCAUUAUCUAUGCCUUUGGGAAGUUACAGAAGCAGAAGUCAGUAGAAGCUGGGCAUGGGACGACCUUAAGAAAAAGGCUAAUUGGUAUAAGGAGAUCGUACUUCCAGCUUUCAAGGAGCAUGAUCUUAAGCUCAAUUGUGCGACACUGGAUGAGCAAAACUUUGAUCUAUCGAGCCUUGGAGAUGCCCUUCCGCGUGGGGAAGAUCUUAACAACGAAGAGUGGACCUCAUCAAGCGACGAGCAAUUGGGGAAUUUGAAGUCCGGGUCUGAUUGGGGAGACAAUGACGAUGAAGCUAAAGAAGCUAAUGCAACAGAUGACAUGUUCAAGAUACUUGAGGGUGACUGGCCGUGA